GUGCUGCUUUCCACUUUGAUAUUCAGUUUGUACUGGGGCUUCAAUGUAUAUCAGAUGGUUUUAGUCUGCAUGCAAGCGUGUCAGAUGAGAAGCUUCUACAAGGAGCAGCUCGGUAUUGUCUCCGAUGAGAGUUUGGAGACAAUGCUGUGGUCUGAAGUGGUGUCCAGACUGGUGCAAUGUCAAAAGGAGACUCGUCUCUGCAUUGUGCAAGAGGAGCUUACCGCAUUGGAAAUCACCAAUAUCAUCAUGCGACAGGAGAUUCUGCACCCUGACAUUGACUCCGGUUUUCAGAUUCUUCAGCUGGAGUUUACCGCUUUGUUCGCAUAUCCUCGCAUAUCUUCGCAUGUCUUUGCCACCGAGGUGUACACCAAGGCACCUCUCUGGAACAUUUUGCUGGCGAUCUUCCCACCUGUUGGAGUCAGGGCCGCAGCUUUCGCAGCGAAACCCGUAGCUUUCGUAGCUUUCGUAGCUUUGGACCUUGGGCAAAUCCUUGGCCAUCCUUGGCCACUGUCGGUGGAGACCUGCAGGCAGAAGCCUUGGAUCAUCGUGGCAGACUGCGGCAAGAAUUCCUCGACAGACCCGAGGCCUUGUUGCACCUAG